ACCAGGCAGAGGUUUACUGGCCAGUUACAACAGAAUGAAGUACUCCCCGUAAAUGACCCAGAAGAUGAGUUUAUAUAUAAAAUGACAUCAAAACCACGAGGCCAGGCCCUGAUUAUCAACAACAGGUACUUUCAUGGGUCGCAGCUCACGGAGCGGUUGGGGACUGAUGUAGACAGGGACAACCUGCAGAAUGUGUUUAAAGCCUUGGGUUACAAUGUCACUGUGUUUGACAAUAUGAAGGGAAUGGAAAUGGAAAAUGCCAUCAGAGGAUUUUCUAUGAGAGACAGUCACAGACAUGUAGAUUCCACCAUAGUGGUUCUCCUCAGUCACGGAUCGGAAAACGUUAUAUAUGGCACUGACUGUGUACCGGUGGAAAUUGACAAACUGAUAAAAUUUUUUGAUGGAGCCCACUGCCCUGCCCUUAGAGGCAAACCAAAGUUGUUUGUGAUACAGGCCUGUAGAGGAAAAAGUCUCAACCCUGGGUUUGAAACAACAGACGGAGAAACAGCGCCCUCUGGAGAUGCUGGGCCUGUUCCAGCCACUCGAACCAGGCAGAAUGUAGUUGGUCCCUCGAUGUUAGAACGACUACAAGCAAUGAAUGUCCGAGAGACUGAGAAUUUGAGACAGAAGCUUCCAGAAGGAGCAGACAUGUUGGUGGCAUAUGCCACAGUACCAGGCUUUGUGUCAUGGAGGAACUCUGAGCGUGGGAGUUGGUUCAUCCAGGAAUUAUGUACGGUGUUGUACGAGUACGCCCACAAAGAGGACCUGUUGUCCAUGAUGACAGUAGUUAAUAACAAAGUUGCGACAGCCUAUGAAUCUGCAUGUAACAAGAAACAGAUGCCGGCUCCAGUCACCACACUGAGGAAGAAAUGGUUCUUUUACCCGAGGAUGUGAUUUUCUCACAGACUUUCGCCAGGGUUUUGCUGUGCAACUUUUGUCCAUUGAAAUAUAUACACCAUAAAAAAGGAAGGGUCAUUCCACAAAAACUGAACCUUUCAGGGCUCGACACUAGCACCUGUCUCGGACAGGUAAAACUUCAGUUUGGACAGGUUAAAUUUAUGACCACCUGUCCAAAGGACAUGUGGUGAUAAAACUUAAUGUUGAGCCUUGCCUUUGACGAAUAACAGUGAGACUGUCACAUGUACAAUAUGUGUAAUAUUUGCAUAAUUGUUCUAUAUUACUGUUGUUUUCUUUCCAUAUUGGAGGGCACUAUAGAAUAAAGCAAAGAAAAUAAUGGGGCAGGACAAAAUUUUGCAAAUAUCACACGUCAUUGUUGCAACUCCAAGGUUCACUUGCUUGUAGAAUACCCUCCCCCCUCAAAAAAGCUAGUUCUCUAUAAAAAAAUCCUAAGCACAUUAGUUCAUUACUUUGAUUUGUGUAAUUAUAUAUUCAGCGUAGAAGCUUUUUGUUGGACAUUGCAUGGCAGAGAUGAUAAUGAUCUUUGGUUUUUUCAAAACCAGAUCUUCUCUACUCAUGCAUCACAAAGAAAAAGAGUGUAAAUUAGAUCAUAUUUAAUCAAUCAUGAUGGAGACAUUGCUGAGGAUGUUACACACACCAGGUAGGAGGGAUUAUGUCUAAGCUUGUUUCAUAGUACAACCAGUUUGUAAUCCUGUAGCUGUUAUACUGAGAGAUUAUAAAAACAGGAGGAUUUUGAACAUUUUUAUCAUUACACAUUUGUUAACUUGCUGUCAUUUUGGUAUGAAAAAAAAAAAUCAAGACAAGUACCAUUCUUCAGUUCUGAUAUUAUUUUGUCUAGACGUAGAUCGCUUUGUUGACAUUGGUACUAUACAAUUCUGUUUUGCAAAAAAAUCUAAUGUGUACAUCAAGUCCAAACAGCAAAAAAAAAUACCUGAACAAAUUUCUUCAUGCAGGACAGGUCUAACUUGGGUAAAUGUGGCUUAUUGUUGCUGUGGUUUAUCAUUUUGUGUAGUUUCUUCUGUUUAGUCCCUGCUACAUGCAGAUAAGAAUGUUUAAUGCAGUGUCAAGAUACUUUGAGAGGCUUACUAAUGAGUCUGGAAUUCUUCAUGAUUAAUGAAAUAUCAGCAGAUUUGUGGUUCCACAACUGAUAAUUUGUCAUGUUCUUGUGAUGAGCUCUUCAUAAAGUAUGGAGCAUUCUGUGCUGUAAUUGAUGCCAGUGGCAUUUCAUACAUUUAUAAAAUCUAUAUGUUAAUAGCGUAUGAUGAGACAUUGCCGUAGAUGAUAGAAUUGGAAUAUUUGUGCUCACUCAUUUGCAGUUUUAACUGUCAAAUUUCUUUACUCAGUAUGAUAAAAAUGUAUAGUACACAUUAAAUAAAGCUUGUACAUAAAUAUAUGCAUUUUUUUCACAUCACUUCAAGUCACAAAUUGAGCACCAUGUAUAAAUUGAUAAAAUUGUACAUAUGAUACAGAUUGCAGUUUCAUAACAAUGUAGAGGAGAUGAUUAGAGAAGUGCUGUAAAGAAAUUAUCUCUUCUAUUUCACAUUAAGGCUCUAUUCCCAUAGAUUUUAGAUCGAUCUAUCCCCACAGGGAGUCUCACUAGAUUACUUUCAGAUAAU